GGGCGGAGCGAGGCCAGGGCAGGGUGAGCGGCCUCCGUAGCGGAGCGGGGCUCUGAGGAGACACUUUUUUUUCCUCCCUCCUUCCCUCCUCUCCUCCUGCCUUCCCUUCCCCUUUCCUCCCCUCUCUCCUCCUUCCCCCCUCGGUCAGCCGGAGCCUGCUGGGGCGAGCGGUUGGUAUUGCAGGCGCUUACUCUCCGGGGCCGCCCGGCGAGUAGCUGGCCGGUGGAGGAGGCAGGGACCGCGAUGGCGCCUCAGAAGCAGGGCGGUGGGGGAGGGGGCGGCUCGGGGCCCAGCGCGGGGUCCGGGGGAGGCGGCUUCGGGGGUUCGGCGGCGACGGCUUCGAGCGGCAAAUCCGGCGGCGGGGGCUGUGGAGGCGGUGGCAGUUACUCGGCCUCCGCCUCCGCGGCGUUACCGGUGAAGAAGUCGAAAAUGGAGCACGUCCAGGCUGACCAGGAGCUUUUCCUCCAGGCCUUUGAGAAGCCAACACAGAUCUAUAGAUUUCUUCGAACUCGGAAUCUCAUAGCACCAAUAUUUUUGCACAGAACUCUUACUUACAUGUCUCAUCGAAACUCCAGAACAAACAUCAAAAGGAAAACAUUUAAAGUUGAUGAUAUGUUAUCAAAAGUAGAGAAAAUGAAAGGAGAGCAAGAAUCUCAUAGGUAAGCCAUCACCAAACUCAGAAAAUGAACAAAAUUCUGUUACCCUGGAAGUCCUGCUUGUGAAAGUUUGCCACAAAAAAAGAAAAGGAUGUAAGUUGUCCAAUAAGGCAAGUUCCCACAGGUAAAAAGCAGGUGCCUUUGAAUCCUGACCUCAAUCAAACAAAACCUGGAAAUUUCCCGUCCCUUGCAGUUUCCAGUAAUGAAUUUGAACCUAGUAACAGUCAUAUGGUGAAGUCUUACUCGUUGCUAUUUAGAGUGACUCGUCCAGGAAGAAGAGAGUUUAAUGGAAUGAUUAAUGGAGAAACCAUGAAAAUAUUGAUGUCAAUGAAGAGCUUCCAGCCAGAAGAAAACGAAAUCGUGAGGAUGGGGAAAAGACAUUUGUUGCACAAAUGACAGUAUUUGAUAAAAACAGAUGGAAUCUCGCACUGUCUCCCAGGCUGGAGUGCAGUGGUGCGAUCUCUGCUCACUGCAACCUCUGCCUCCAGGCUUCCAGUGAUUCUCCUGCUUCAGCCUCCCGAGUAGCUGGGACUACAGGCGCACCUCACCACACCCAGCUUAUUUUUAGUAGAGACGAGGUUUCACUAUGUUGGCCAGGAUGGUCUCGAUCUCCUGACCUCGUGAUCUGCCCACCUCAGCCUCCCAAAGUGCUGGGAUAAUAUGCAUGACCCACAGUGCCCGGCCUAUGCUUUUUUUCUUUUUUUUGAGAUGGAGUCUCGCUCAGUCACCCAGGCUGGAGUACAGUGGCGCGAUCUCAGCUCACUGUAACCUCCGCCUCCCAGGCUCAAGCAAUUCUCAUGCCUCAGCCUCCUGAGUGGCUGGGAUUAUAGGUGUGUGCCACCACACCCUGCUAUUUUUUUUUUUUUUUUUUUUUUUUUUUGAGACGGGUCUCGCCCUGUUGCCAGGCUGAAGUGCAAUGGCUCACUGCAACAUUUGCCUCCCGGGUUCAAGUGAUUCUCCUGCCUCACUCUCCCUAGUUGCUGGGAUUACAGGUGUGCGCUACCACAUCCAGCUAAUUUUUCUAUUUUUAGUAAAGAUGGGGUUUCACCAUGUUGGCCAGGGUGGUGUCUUGAUCUCCUAACCUUGUGAUCCACCCACCUCAGCCUCCCGAAGUGCUGGAAUUACAGGCGGGAGCCAUUGCGCCUGGCCUAAUAUUUGUAUUUUUAGUAAAGAUGGGGUUUUACCAGGUUGACCAGGCUGGUCUCGAACUCCUGACCACAAGUGAUCCAACCGCCUCGGCCUCCCAAAGUGCUGGGAUUACAAGCGUGAGCCACUGCGUCCAGUCUCUUGGCCUCUAAAAUUUUUUUUUUUUUUUGAAACGGUGUCUUGCUGUGUCACCCAGGCUGGAGUGCAGUGGCGUGAUCUCGGCUCACUGCAAGCUCCGCCUCCCAGGUUCAUGCCAUUCUCCUGCCUCAGCCUCCCGAGUAGCUGGGACCACAGACACCCACCACCAUGUCCAGCUAAUUUUUUGUAUUUAUAGUAGAGAUGGGGUUUCACCAUGUUAGCCAGGAUGUUCUCGAUCUCCUGACCUCGUGAUCCGCCCGCCUCAGCCUCCCAAAGUGCUGGGAUUACACGUGUGAGCCACCGUGCCUGGCCAGGCCUCUAAAUUUUUAAGAUUUACUUUUUAAUUUUGUGUGUGUGUAUAUAUAUGUGUGUGCGUGUGUGUGUGUGUGUGUGUGUUUGAGACAGAGUUUCGCUCUUGUUGCCCAGGCUGGAGUGCAAUGGCAUGAUCUCAGCUCACUGCAACCUCUGCCUCCUGGGUUCAAGCAAUUCUCCUGCCUCAGCCUCCCAAGUAGCUGGGAUUACAGGCAUAUGUGCCACCAUGCCCAGCAGAUUUUGUAUUUUUAGUAGAGAUGGGGUUUCUCCAUGUUGCUCAGGCUGGUCUCGAACUCCCGACCUCAGGUGAUCCACCUGCCUCGGCCUACCAAAGUGCUGGGAUUACAGGUGUGAGCCACUAUGCCCAGCCUAAGAUUGACUUUUGAGAGAUAUUCUACUUACCUCUACUUACCAAGAGGAAAAGAGAUAUAAACAUAUUAAAUAACAAGCAUUUUAUAUACAUUUCCCAGUUAAUCUACGUAAUAACCCUAUGAAUACAGAUGAGAAAAGUACAGCUACAGGAAAUAAAGAAGCCUUCCCACAGUAACACUGCCUAUAAAUGACGGAAUAAACUCAGGAUGUUUUGAAUUCAAA